AUGAAACCUUCUACAACAGUUGAUACUCAACCAGCUUUAAAAAAAAGAAGUAAAAGAGUAAAUAUUACUAAAUCAUUAAGUAAAUUUUUAGAUGUAUUUGAAAAAUCAGCAAACAUUGAUUUAACCGCUGAUUCAUUUGAAUAUGCUAAAUUAUUACAAUUAUUUAGUGAAAAUGAUUUUGUGUUAAUAAGUAAUGAAAAUGAAGUAUUUUCACCUGAUAUUAGAAUGACGAUAUGGAGAAUGGAAAAAAAUAGAAAAAUUAUUUUUGAAAGUCUUGCAAGAAAAAUAAAAGAAACAAAUGAACAACCAAAAAAACUUCAAUUUCUUACAUUUGAACGAACUAAAACAUUACCUAUUGAAUGUGAAAUAUUUGUUUCUCAUGUUAUUUCAAAUAUUGAAGAAAUUUUUUCAGUUGAAGGAGAUCCAGUUUUUGAUGACGAUGGAUAUAUUAUUCAAAUUACAAUUGAGAAAUUCUUUCAACAACUAUUUGAUCCAUAUGCUUCAACAGAAUUUAUUCAUAUAUUUGCAUUUACUGGAAAUAUUCUCUGUGAGCCAAAAUUUAUUAUUAAUCAAUUUAAACAAAUUCAUAACGAAUAUUUAAAACAAUUUAAAAAUGAAGAAAAAUAUCCUAAAAAAUAUUUAGAAAAUGUUCAAACCAGAAUUGAAAGUGUUAUAGAAAUUUUUUUAAAAUAUCAAAUAUUUAUAUUAUCAAAUGAACAAAAAAUAGAAAUAAAUCAACUUUUUACUUCACCAAUUUAUUCUUCAUCAUUUAUUACAAAUGUUAAAGAAAUAUUAUCAAAUAAAACUUCUGGAUUUAAAAACCCAAUUUCUACAAAACCUUUAUUUAUGAAAACUGAAAAAAAACAAACACGAAAAAAGAAGGCACUUUCUGUUUCUUCUCAUCCUUCUUCAGAAACACCUAAAGAAGAAAGUCGUCCUAAAUUAACUAGAACUAAAUCAGGGGAUCCAUUAAGUAUUUUUGAAAGUGAAAAUGCUAAAGUUGAUUUUAUUGAUAUUGAUAGUUUUAUGAAUAUUGAUUAUAAAAUUAUUGCUGAACAACUUGUUGUUUAUGAUGUUAAUGAAUUUAAAAAAAUACCAUUAAUUGAUUUAAUAAAUAGUGAAAACUCUGAAUAUUUUCAAAGGUAUAUUAAAGUACUUAAUAAAUUAGAAGAUUUAUUUAUUAAAAUUAUGACUACUACAGAUGCUUUUAAAUAUUUUAUUAAAGUUGCACAAUGUUGUAUUGAUUUAAAUGACUUAAAUAUGGGACAUCUUAUUUUUUCAGUUAUUGUAAAACAAUCAAUUUCAUGUAAAGAACAAUUUGAUGGAUUAAAAAAAGGAAAAAAGUUAAUGUAUAGUAAAAUUUAUGAUUUAUUUUCAAUUCAAAGAAAUCUUUGUAGAUACAGAAAUGCAAUGAAAAAAAUUCCAUUAGAAUCUCCUAGAGUUCCUAUUAUUUCUAUUUUUUUAAAAGAUGUAAUUUCAUUUAAAGAAAUGGAAUCAUUUUUAAAUGGUAAUAUAAAUUAUACAAAAUUUAGAGCAUUAACAGAAACUAUUGAAGCAAUGGCUAUUUCACAACAUAUUCCAUAUAUUAUUCCACCAUUGAAUAUUAUUCAAAAUUUUUUAAAUUCACAAAUGGUGUAA